AUACCUAAGAAAAGCCCAAACAUAAAACGAAGUCCCUCCCUCUCGACCCGACUAGAAGCUACCACCGUCUUCCUCUGCUUCUGAACCCAUCUGAAUAGAGCUCCUCCGUCCCUGGUUGUUGUCGUUGUUUGUGCAGGGUGGUAGAGCUUGCAUUUUAUUCAAUUGGAUAGAAUACAAGGAACAAUAAUGCAUCCUCCAUUGACGCUUCACAAGCAUCCCAUGUGUGCCGAAAUAAUUGAGCAGUUCCAGCAGUGUCAUUUGGAUCAUCCUUAUGGUAAAUUUUUUGGUGAAUGUACAGAUCUUAAGAUAAAGCUUGAUCGUUGCUUUCGGCAGGAGAAAGCUCUAAAGAGGAAAGAAAACUUUGAACAAAGUAAGAAACUGAAAGAAAGGUUACAUGCUUUCAGGAAAGAAAGUGCUGAGACAAACACUGAGUAGGGUAAUUUUGUAUGCUUAAUGGUCAAGUCUUCGACGAUAGCAGAUGCCUUUAUUUUCUUACCACACAAGAAUUUAAAAUAGACCGAAGAUAUGAUUGCUUGCUGCUAUGCUAUCACAUAUUGGUGAUAAGCUGGAAAGAGCAAAUUAGAUUGCUCUGCAUAUUUCUUUUCAUGUAUUAAAGAAAAUGGAACCAUGAUUCAUAAAAGUAUCUUUGAUUGAGUUACUGAACCAACUUGUAUAUCUUUGUUUGUUACUUUACAACUUUGAGAAAUAGCUGGAUGUCAUUACAGAUUCAUUUAUUUAUAUUGAAACAAUUGUUUUGUCA